AACCGCUUCCUCCUCCUCCUCCUCCGACGCGCUCUUCUUCCCAGAGAUUUGUCGCCGCCGCCGCCGCCUCGGAGGCGCGCGAGGGAGUGAGGAGGGGGCGCCUCGGCAGGAGACGUGCCGCGCUGCGAGUCUUUCCGGAUUCCCCAAGAUGUCGGUGGCGUUCGCGGCCCCUCGGCAGAGGGGGAAGGGCGAGAUAACGCCGGCUGCCAUCCAGAAGAUGUUGGAUGAAAACAAUCACCUUAUUCAAUGUAUAAUGGACUACCAGAACAAAGGCAAGACUACAGAAUGCUCCCAGUAUCAACAGUUGUUGCAUACAAACUUGGUCUACCUAGCUACGAUAGCAGACUCCAAUCAAAAUAUGCAAUCUAUACUGCCACCGACACAGGGUACAGCAGUGUCAGCUCGCACUAUCCAUCGCCAUGUGAAUGAAAAAGGACACUAUGGACCUAACCACAUGUCGAUGCAGGGACCUGGACCUGGACCGAACCAGCUCAACAUGACAAACAGCUCUAUGAACAUCCCUGCAAGUAGUCAUGGGUCUAUGGGAGGUUAUAAUCAUUCAGUACCAUCUUCUCAAAGUAUGCCUGGACAGAAUCAGAUGACAAUGAGCCAAGGACAACCUAUGGCCAGCUAUGGUCCCAGGCCAAAUAUAAGCAUGCCACCAAACCAAGGCCCAAUGAUGCACCAGCAGCCACCUUCUCAGCAGUACAGUAUGCCCCAGGGAGGUGGACAGCAUUAUCAGGGACAGCAGCCACCAAUGGGAAUGAUGGGUCAAGUUAACCAAGGAAACCAUAUGAUGGGACAGAGGCAGAUUCCACCAUAUAGACCACCACAGCAAGGCCCACCACAGCAGUACUCAGGCCAGGAAGACUAUUAUGGGGACCAAUACAGUCAUGGUGGACAAGGUCCUCCAGAAGGCAUGAACCAGCAAUAUUACCCUGAUGGUCAUAGUGAUUACGGUUAUCAGCAACCGUCGUAUCCUGAACAAGGCUACGAUAGGCCUUAUGAGGAUUCCUCCCAACAUUACUACGAAGGAGGAAAUUCACAGUAUGCCCAACAACAAGAAGCAUAUCAAGCACCACUCAGCAGCAAGGAUAUCAACAGCAACCAUACCCAGGCCAGCAAGGUUACCCUGGACAGCAGCAAGGUUAUGGUCCUUCACAAAGUGCCCCGGGACCUCAAUAUUCCAAUUAUCCUCAAGGGCAAGGUCAGCAGUAUGGAGGAUAUCGGCCUACACAGCCUGGACCCCCACAGCCGCCACAGCAGAGGCCUUAUGGAUAUGACCAGGGGCAAUAUGGAAACUAUCAGCAAUGACAAUAAUUUCAGUACAAUAGCAAAUGUGUUUGCAGCCAUAAUGUUUCUCCAGCAUUGUGGACAUCUCUUUUUGAAGAUAAAGCUUCAAUUCAGUAGUUUGGGAAGCAAAAAGCCAGCAACCCCACAUUGUUGAUAAAUGGCUGCUUUGCAGGUGUUGCCUUCCUGGGCUAGUUAUAAACAAAAAUGAUAGUAUUUCUAAAAAAUUUUGCAUCUGUACUCUAGAUGGCAAUAUUGGACAGAAAAUGUAUUCUCAAACAGUUUUGCUGUGAGCUUAGAACUGUACAUCAAACUAACUGUUACAGACUGAAAUGUGUGAACAGCAUUGUAUGUUUAUGAAGGUUAAGGGAAUUUAAUAUUUUUCCACAGGUUCUUUUGUAAGGGGAUGGGGAAAAUUUUUACAGCAGCAAUAUUUUAUAUAUUAUGUUUUUCAUGUGGAAUAUGCAAGGCAGUACACUACAUACUGGUAAAGGUCAGAAACCCAUAUAGAUAGGGGAUAUAGAUUGGGACAUGAUUAAUUCUUCAUUGUGUUGCUCUAAGUGUAUUACAUGAGAAGGACAGUUGUAUCUCUGUACAUUUGCUGCAGACCCUUGUAAGAAGAAUUAUAUCCCAGCUAUUUGAAUCAUGCACAAUAAAGGCAUAGUCAUGUAUAAAGAAUUAAUUUUGAAAUAUAUUGUGUGAAGCUCUUUUUUAAAAAUGGUUUCUAGCAGUGGAAAUUUUCUGUAUUAUUUUUAAUAGGAAUUGAAUUGAAUUUGUAAUGGUCUUAUUAGCUUCACAUAGAACAAACUAUGAUCUUUUUCUGAUUUCAGUAACAAGAAAUUUGAAGAAAGUGUCCAUUUAACAUGACUUAACUAUACAAAGUGUUUCAAAACAGAUUAUAAAUAGGCUGAUGUGUGUUUUAUUUCACAUGUAUUUAACUUUUAGUAGCCCAAUUUCUAUGUAACUAAAAUAGUAUAGAAGUUUUGUACAAUUCUUGUCUAAACUUUGAGAGUUCAUAUCUUUAAGAAGGAAGGCAUUUGUUGUUUAUAUCCAUGUUUGUACUGGUAAAUAUGAGACCAAGAGCAAGUUAUAGUGAGAUUUUUUAAAAAAAUGUCAGAUUCUGUUGUGAACUGUAUUAAUGCUUAUGACAUUGCAUGUGAGGUAGCCACUACCUGGAUCAACAUUGGAGCCAACACAGAAGACACACACUUUCAAAGACUGUCCUGAUGUUAAUGUUUCAGGUGCAAUCUUGAAUAUGUGUUGCUCUGGAAUACAUGCAUUUAGAGUAUCUUGGCAUCUAAGAACAGUCCAGGAGUUACAUAUAUUCAUUAUAUAUUAUGUGUUUUAAAAGGGAGACAGCGAAACUCAGUGAGACGUAAAAAGUCACAUUCCUCCAUAAUAAUAAAUAGAAAACAAAUUUCUUUACAUUGGUUGCAUAUUAAAAUCAAAUCUUGAAUUGAAAGUGAAAGGAAUAUCGGUAUGAAUGAGAUUCUUUUUGGUUCUGUGCCAAUUCACCACCACUGUGUACUUCAUUGCUAUUUAAAAGUGUAUUCCAUCAACUCUAGCAGACAAAUAAAUUAUUUGUGGUCUUAAU